AUGGCGCCCUUAGCCGAAGUGGGGGGCCUCCUGGGGGGCCUGGAGGGCCUGGGCCAGCAGGUGGGCUCGCACUUCCUGCUGCCUCCCGCCGGGGAGCGGCCCCCGCUGCUGGGCGAGCGGCGGGGCGCGGCGGAGCGGGGCGCCCGCGGGCCGGGGGUCGCGGAGCUGGCGCACCUGCACGGCAUCCUGCGCCGCCGGCAGCUCUACUGCCGCACCGGCUUCCACCUGCAGAUCCUGCCCGACGGCAGCGUGCAGGGCACCCGGCAGGACCACAGCCUCUUCGGUAUCCUGGAAUUCAUCAGUGUGGCAGUGGGACUGGUCAGUAUUAGAGGUGUGGACAGUGGUCUCUACCUUGGAAUGAAUGACAAAGGAGAACUCUAUGGAUCAGAGAAACUGACUUCUGAAUGCAUCUUUAGGGAGCAAUUUGAAGAGAACUGGUAUAAUACCUAUUCAUCCAACAUAUAUAAACAUGGAGACACUGGCCGCAGGUAUUUUGUGGCACUUAACAAAGACGGAACCCCAAGAGAUGGUGCCAGGUCCAAAAGACAUCAGAAAUUUACGCAUUUCCUGCCUAGACCAGUGGAUCCAGAAAGAGUUCCUGCAUUGUAUAAGGACAUACUAAUAUAUACUUAAAGUGUGAUCGUGUCUUUACUGAAGAACCGAAUUGCAACCAUUUUUUCUUAUUAUAGUUCCCAGAGUAAAAUAACACAGGAAGACAUUCAGAAUGUUUCAGAGCCUGUU